AUUUAACAAUUGUAUUAUAAUUUAUCUGGAUUGUUAAGUAUGCUAGACAUAAGCACAUUUUUCUAAAUCCAAAAUUCUGACAUACAAUGAAAUUCAUCUAUAUUUGAUUCUCUGAUUGUUUUAUUAUUUUUCAUGAUUUUUUUCACAUUAUUUUUAAUUUUUAAAACUUGAUUAAAUCGAUAAACAAGUAUACAUCAUGUGUCUGUCAUAUACCAUCUUUAAUCUACUUUUAGGAAUAUCAUCAUUUACAUAUGGGAUCGAACUUGAUGUUGAUGGCCGAAUUCAGUUGAGAUUAUGGCAUGCGUUCAAUGAUGAACCAGUACCAAAUUUUGUAGAAAGAGGAAAUGUAACAAUUACAAGUGUACGUAGUGGAGAUUCAAUUGUUGGACAAAAUGGACUUUUACAAGCACAAAUUAAUCAAUUAAAAGAUUUAGCUAAAAACGAUGGAAAGUAUAGAUUGAAAGCAAUAGCCCGUACUUCUUCUGGAAGUGAAACAACUUUUUUAACUUCCAUACCAGCGUGUAAUUUACUUGGAUCUGAUCUUGAAGAUUUUUUAACGGUAUGGCUAGAUAGCUCAGCAGAACCAAUAGCAGUUAGUUUAUCAUCGUCUGGUCCAUGUGUUCUAAAUAGUCCUUCGACAAAUAUGUGGACUACAAAUAUAUUAGUCAAAUAUCCUGAUAGUGGGCCUGUACCAGAUACAGCAAUUUAUAUUCAAAAACUUGAACGAGAACGUGAAGCUCGAGAAAGAGGAGAGACUAAAGAUAAUAGAUCAUUCCUUGCAAAAUAUUGGAUGUAUUUCGUUCCUGCAUUGAUCUUUGUUUUAUUAACAUCAGCAACCAAUCCCGAAGUAGCUGCAGGUGGUAGUGGUGGUGGUGGUGGUGGUGGUCAAAGACAGUGAUUCCUUUUUUAAGACUAUUUAAUUGUACCUGCGAAUGUAUUGUGAUCUUACUGAUGCGUGAGAGUUUUCUGUAUGUUUUCUUCUAAUUAUUAUUAUUGUAUUAUAUUCCUGAUCUAAUAAAUGUGUACAGUUUAAAUAUA